AUGGCCGCGAUGAGAAUGCCCACGCUGCUGCUGCUCUGUCUCGCUAUCUCGCUCGAGGUCUAUAGCUCGAGACUCCCUAUCGGAGAUAUCAGACGACUGCUGGAAGAGGACUGGUCUGUCAUUGCAGAAGUCACCGCAAAGCAUGAAAAUCCAAGCUCUUCGCAGGCUGCUCCCCAAGGCGGCUAUGUCGGCCUUAGCACAGCACCGCAACAUGGUCUCUUUCCGGUGCGAGCAAGUGAAAGCAACGAUCUCGGUACUUCAGCCUUGGUUACACCGUUACCGGCUCAAGCAUCAUCUCAGGUGACGACUCCGUUGGCAACCGUGACACGAGUUCCAGUUCAAGUUCCACUUGAUCUACCAGUGCUGCAGAUUUCUCAACGCAUCCAGGAGCUGAAAGGCCUCUCCCUCCUAUUUCGAACUGCAAAGGACAACGUCUUGAUGAAACCGCGACGAGUCUUGCCGUUGCAGACGCACGUCUUAUCGUCAGAAACAUAUAAGAUAUACUACGAGUUCUAUCUGAACCAUCCUUUCAGAAAGCGCUUACUAUGGACUCCUAAUGAGGUAACAUACAUGCUCUACAAGCCGAUCAGGAGGAACGAAGCGCUCGUAAGGCUGUUUGGUGGAUUUUUUGCCAAACACGAAAUCGUUUGGGCCGUCUGGAGGCAGGAAAUGUACGGAGAGGCAAAAGUCUGGCGCCUGCUAGGAUUGCUGGAAAUGCCAUCACGUCAACCUGCCCAGAGAUUCAUUGACACGUACAUGCAAGAAAUGAGUCCACCACACGCGAGCCCGCUGGUGUUCUUCAAUGAUGGAGCCCAUCUCGAUCCAAGCCAGGCGCCAAUGCAAAAAGUCUAG